AUGGAGAUGGGGGAGAAGAAGGUGGUGCAGCAGGACUUCCUGAAGAGCUUCCUGGGCCAGCAGACCCACCGCAGAGUGAACAUGCUGGCUGGGGACCUGAUGCAGACCCGAGGCCCCGGAGCCCCUGGGGACGCCCCGGACAGGAACCGGGUGCUGAUGCUGGACGAUUUCGAAAGGACCGUGGAUGGGAAGCUGCAGUGCUCAUACUGUAGCUAUUCCAGCCACAGAACAGCUCGGCUGAUGGAACAUACGAGAACCCACACGGGCGAGAAGCCGCACAGGUGUCGCCUGUGUCCCUUCACCUCGGCUUACGAGCGCUACCUCGAAGCCCACAUGCGCUCCCACUCUGGAGAAAAGCGGUACAAGUGCGAAUUGUGUGCCUACCGAUGCAACUACGGAAGCAACCUGUCCCACCACCGAAGGCGCAAGCAUAAUUUGUUACCGCUGACCGGUCCCAGGGCUUCCAUAAGCAGCGUGAAAAUGUGGGGGACCUUGCAGAAUAAGGGCAACGUAGAGGAUGGCAAACGAGGGGUGCUCAUCACCUUAGCUCCACCUUCUGUGGCUGUUCAGAAACCAGAUCAGCUGAGGAGUGAUUCUACACACAAGAGCCCAAGUGGUCAGAAUGGCUUCUGUGACAGUACGGAUAAAACUUCAGUUUGCAGACUGCCGAGGGAGCCACAGGGACUCUGGCUUGUGGAUAAUCCUUUGAAUCAGCUGUCUGACCUAGCAGGGAACCUGUCCACCUUGCCACCUGAAAACCCAAACCCCGUCUCUGCUGAUGUAGACGCCAUCCUAGAAGAAUGGAAGCCUUUCGUGAUGCAACAGCCCUCCGCCCAAGGGAGAGUCGCUCAGAGCUCUCUCAUAGUCCUCAGGCUUUCUCCACCAUCGAGUCAGAGGAUCUGCAGUCCACUGAAAGGGCCCAGCAGCCAGCUAAGUGGCUACACCAACACCCCCAUCCUUGGAGACAGCCAGCCAAGCAGUCCAACUGCAACCUCGUUGGUGCAGGAACCUCAACUUCUUUACUGCUGCCAGCACUGUGACACUUACUUUGCAGACAACGUCCUUUACACUAUCCAUAUGGGAUGUCAUGGGUAUGACAAUCCCUUUCAGUGUAACAUAUGUGGAUUCCAUUGUGAGAACAAGUAUGACUUUGCCUGUCACUUUGCACGAGGUCAGCAUAACUAG